AAUUCUCUCGCGUCGACUAUGCAGACCCUGCGGAAUGGUGUUUUGCGAAAUAGUGCUCCCGGACAAAUUUGUAGUAGGUCGCACUACAAUGGAGAUCUGCGGCGUUUCUCCAGUCGGACCUUCACCUCCCACUCGUCUCCUCUCCCUAUUCAGUCUCGACUCAACCUUCAACGGCCAUCUUCGCGUCCUCCAUUCACCAUUUGUUCGCGCUCCAUGGCCUCUCAAGCAAAGUUUAAGCAGGAACCUCACAAGCUUUUGGUUAUACCCGGUCCGAUCGAAGUCUCCGAUGAGGUUCUUUAUGCCAAUGCACACCCCUCGAUGAGCCAUGUCUCUCCGGAUUUUAUUCCGGUGCUCGGGGACUGCAUUAGGAUGCUGAGGGAGGUCCUAUUCGCACCAACAGGCCAACCGUUCUUGAUUGCAGGAUCUGGGACACUCGGGUGGGAUCAGGUUGCGUCUAAUCUCGUAGAACCUGGAGAAGCAUGCUUAGUUCUUAACACUGGGUAUUUCGGUGAUAGCUUCGCAGACUGCCUCCAAACAUAUGGUGCUGUCAUUGACCAAGUAGUUGCUCCUCUGGGUGAGGCUAUCUCCAAGAGCGCUGUAGAAGAAGCCCUGUCAAAGAAGAAAUACAAGCUUGUCACCCUCACACAUGUCGACACGUCAACCGGUGUGCUCAGUGACGCGAAGAUGAUUAGCGAGACCGUGAAACGAAUCUCUCCGGAGACUCUUGUCAUCUUGGACGGCGUAUGUUCUGUCGCUUCAGAAGAGAUUCGACAAGAAGAAUGGAACAUUGACGUGGUCAUGUCGGCUACGCAGAAGGGCCUUGGUGUACCGCCAGGUCUAAGCGUGCUUUGCGCUAGCAAGCAAGCAAUCCAGGUCUUUGAGAGCCGAAAGACACCUGUUACAAGCUACUAUGCGAGCUGGAAGCGCUGGCUGCCAAUUAUGCGCGCGUAUGAAGCGGGCCAGGCAGCGUACUUUGCUACACCGCCUGUGAACUUGGUUUACGCUCUCAAUACCUCGUUAACGAGUAUCACAAAGUCGGCACCGUCACUAACAGAACGGUUUGCCGUUCACAAGGAACAAGCUAUCCGAUUCAGGAAGACCAUUGAGGGGCUUGGGCUACGACAAUUAGCUAAGUACCCGGGGCAGCAAGCAAACGGCAUGACUGCUGUAUAUUAUCCUGAGGGUUUGUCGGCAUCGGACAUCCUUCCCCGAAUUGGUGCAAAGGGUGUUGUCGUCGCAGGUGGACUACACAAAGACGUCAAAGAUAAGUACUUUAGAGUUGGACACAUGGGAAUCUCCGUCGUAGAUAAGUCGCGAGGAGACAUGGACCGCCUAAUGUCCGCAGUCAAAGAGGCCAUUGCGGAGGCAUACGUUGCGAAGGGCAUAGCAAACGGGAUGGCAAAUGGGACCGGACAUGUGUAAGCCUAAGUAACAAUUCAUUAAAGCCGCAUCAAUUAUUUUAGUAUGGUCCGGCGGAACAAGAGAGUCCCUUUUCUAACGUAUAGAUCUGUCUUAUAUAUUUCUUUCGUCCGGACCGUAAAUCGCAUGCAAAAUGUAUAACAAUGGAUGGGCACGUUAAUCUCGAUGAUACAUUCAACUGUAUUUGAAUACGUGUGCGUUUUCAAACGUUGCGACUCGUGCUCCCGCGAACCUAUACAACGCUUAUCUUGAAACGGGUCGGCGUUUAGCGGAUACAGUGCGAAUAGAGCUAGAUUAUAGAACGGAAACGGGAUAGGCGGGGUUCCGGGCGGAAUGAUAUUCCUGGCCUGGUACCUCGAGGAUGGGCAUGUGAAAAAGAAGUAGGUGGGGGGAGGAGAAAAGCAGGGAAGGGCUAGAGGAUGUAGAGCCCGUCAAUUGUCUUUGGUUUCUAGUUAUUGGAACACUGUUUUGGUUAGGAUGUGGAUUAUGGGCUUGGUGUGGGUUGUGUGCCAAAAAUCCCCAUUGUAGUAUUAAUUUGUCGGAUGGGAAUUUUGUGCAAUAGAACUAGG